CAAUAGGUCCCACUUCCACUCCCUCCCCCUGAGGUUGAGGUUGAGGUUGAUUGUGUUGCGUUCUUCUCUUCUCUUCUCUUCUCGCUUUCACUCUCUCUUCUAACUAAGAAGAAGUAAGAAUCACUCUUCCUCUCUUCAAAAUUAUGUUGCUUUUCACAAAACAACGACAAACCUUCACACCCAAGAAGCAUCCCAAACCAAACAAACAUCGAAACACAACACACAAGUACUUGUUCUUCAAACUCCAAAGAUACUAGAACGAACACCGCUACCUAAUUUCAUUUUUUUUGGACUUUAUAACGGUUCCUCUUUUUUAUAUUUUUUUUUUAUUUGUCGUUUUAGUAGUUACUUCUUUCUUCUUUUUAUAUAUAUUGGUGUCAUGUUUUGUUUGUUUCGUAUCCUUCCUUGCUAUCUACACCCCCAUGUUGUUCUUUCCUUUCAAUUUUGAAUACACCGCCGCAGAGUCUUUUUCUUCUUUUUUUCGACCAUGUCGCUCAAAAGGGGUCCUGAUGAUAACAAAUCUCCAGAGGAUAAGCGUAGAAAGCCUCCUCCUUUUUGCAGUGUGGUGCGCGAGGUCAUGAAGUUACAAUCAGUCAGGAAUUUGAUGGAGCCAAUUCUAGAGCCCUUGGUUCGCCGAGUGGUUAAGGAGGAAGUUGAGUUGGCCCUAAAGAAGCAUUUGAACAGCAUUAAACAGACUUGUGGAAAGGGGUUGAAUACUUCAGAAUCAAGAACUUUUCAGCUGCAGUUCGAAAACAGCAUUUCUCUCCCUGUCUUUACGGGAGCUCGAAUCGAAGGAGAGGAUGGAUCCAACUUAAGGAUAAGUUUAGUUGAUGCCUUAACAGGGAAGGUUGUUUGUACAGGACCUGAAUCUUCAGCUAAGGUGGAAAUUGUAGUCCUUGAGGGUGAUUUUGAAGAAGAAAGUGACAUUUGGAUGCCUGAAGAUUUCAAGAACAAUAUUGUGAGAGAGAGGGAUGGAAAAAAGCCCCUCCUUACAGGAGAUGUGAUUAUAUAUCUUAAAGAUGGGAUUGGAGUGGUCGGUGAAAUUUCAUAUACGGAUAAUUCGAGCUGGACAAGGAGCCGUAGGUUCAGGCUCGGGGCAAGAGUAGUGGACAGCUUUGAUGGUAUUAGAAUAAGAGAAGCAAAGACAGAUUCAUAUAUUGUCAGAGAUCAUAGAGGAGAAUUGUACAAGAAACACCACCCUCCAAGUCUAUCGGAUGAAGUUUGGAGACUGGAAAAGAUAGGCAAAGACGGAGCUUUCCACAGGCGUUUGAGUCGUGAAAAGAUCCGUACUGUUAAAGAUUUUCUCACACUACUAAAUCUCGAUCCAGCAAAGCUACGAACUAUACUCGGCACUGGGAUGUCUGCAAAGAUGUGGGAAGUAACUGUAGAGCAUGCCCGGACUUGCGUCCUUGAUACAACGAGGCACGUAUCCUACACCGCUCAUUCUCAACAACCUCACGUGGUCUUCAAUGCUGUAGGGCAAGUGACAGGACUGCUCUCGGAAUGCGAGUAUGUCCAUGUAGACAAGCUGUCUGAAACCGAAAAGGAUGAUGCUCAAAACUCGGUUAUUUCUGCACUUAGCCAAUGCAAUUUUGCUUCUUUUGAAGACGAGGCUUCCCUAAUAGACGGAUAUUCACAGUUAACCAAUGUACAUUACUCCCCAAGCUCUCCGAGGACCGACGCAUCAAGUGCCAACAAGCUUUUGGCUCCUCAAAAGACUGGAGGAUUCAAUUACACACAAGAAAGUGCGUCUUCUACAGAUAUCAUGCCAUCCAUUUAUUCCGUCGGUGGAACUAGUGGCUUGGACGACUAUGGCUUGCCUAAUUUUGACAGCAUGGGCCUUAGAUACGAUCAGAAUCUCAGUUUUCCAGUGCAAAUCUCCAACUCUUUGAUCUGUGACACAGAUUCAAUAGUCCGUGCUUUCGGUGACGAAGAUCAUCUGCAAUUUUUCGAUGCGGAUCUUCAAUCUCAGUGCCAUAUUGAUGCAGAUUUACAGAGUGCUGUUGAUAGCUUUAUGCUGGCACCGUCUACUACGUCUAUGGCCAAUGGUAAAGCUCGGAGGAGAUGGAGAAAGGUCGUCAAUGUUCUAAAAUGGUUCGUAGUGUGGAAACGAGGAAACCAAAUAUAUAGGUAAAAGAUUUUGUACAUUGUGCUCAUGAAUGCAACCCACAAAAUGAAUAUUUUGCUGUGUUGAUUGAGAAAAGUUACGGUUUCUCUUAUAAUGUAAAUAUACAACCUCUAUGCAUUGGCUCUUGUAUUGUAGCUCGCCUGAGGUCAAAGAGUUGCUUUUUGUCCUUCUAAAAUUGAGUUGUAAAUACUUUAUUUUACAGUCACGAGAGGAUUUCUGAUUGUUGGAAGAUGCUUAGUGAGGUAGUAAUAUAAAUAGUAAUAAUUUCAAGAUCCCGAGACCUUUAUUCUUGAUCAAUUUUUUCUGUAAGUAUACACUUUGGCCAAUAAAAUCAGUUUUCAAUGUUUGUUCCUGGUUAAA